AUGGGUAAGCCGACGGUCUUGCAUUUGGGCGACCCGAUCAAAUACAACCAUGAGGUAUACGACGGCGCAUUCGCCUCACGGUUCGACAUUAUCCGCAACGAUGCCCUUGACCGGGCGUCAUUUAUCGAGGCCUUGAAGAGCAAAAGGAACAGUCAGCCGCUAAUAUUACCCAGGUAUGGCGACUUCUCCGCCAUCUUCCGCCCACACUUCCAAACCGGCGGCGAGAUGGGCCAGUGGGACGAGGAGUUGAUCGCUCUGCUGCCGGCGUCAGUACGGAUCUUCGCCUCGGCGGGCGCAGGCUUCAACUGGGCCGACGUGGACGCUCUAGGCCGGCGAGGCAUCUGGUACGCGAACGGGGCGGGGGCGUCUGACGAGGCCGUCUCCGACACAACGCUGUACAUGAUCCUGUCUGUGUUUCGGAACUUCACCCGCUCCCAGCUGGCGGCCCGGACGGCGGAUCCCGCCGUCUUCACGGCGACGCAUAAGGUCCUGGCGACGAUUUCGCGGAACCCACGCGGUCAUAUCCUGGGGCUCGUCGGGCUGGGAAACAUCAGUAAGAGAGUAGCCGUCAAGGCAGCCGCCCUGGGGAUGAGCGUGCGGUACUACGAUGUCGUCCGGGCGGAGGAGGCAGAAGAGGCACGAUUGGGAGUCACUUUCGAAGCUAGCCUAGAGGACCUGCUGCGUGUGGCGGAUUGCGUGUCGGUGCACACGCCGCUCAACGCGCACACGCGCCACCUGAUCAACGCGACGACGCUGGCGCAGAUGAAGGACGGGGCGCGCCUGAUCAACACGUCUCGCGGGGAGGUCGUCGACGAGGAGGCCUUGGUCGCCGCCCUGCGCAGCGGCAGACUCGCCGCUGCAGGGCUGGACGUACACUACCAUGAGCCGCAGGUGAACCCGGUGCUGGUCACGAUGGAGAAUGUGACGCUGACGACGCACGUCGGUGGCGGAGUGCUGGAGACGCGGGUCAAUUUCGAGCUGAAUGCGAUGCGCAACAUCCUGGCUGUCGUGGGCGAGGAUGGGGGGGAACUCGGUGAGCCGUUGACGCCAGUCAAUGCGAAGGUAGUAAGGGAGCAUAGAGCUCUCAUUGAUAACUAUAUAUCACCGUCUACGGAGUAG